AUGCACGGAAAGUCCCAGGUCCAAUCAUCCAUCUUCUCGCCUGAUAUUGGGGAUAUGCCUAAGAUUAAGACGAUCCAUCGUCCCGUUGGAAAACCAAGCAAUGCUCCUUUGAAUACCUCAACAUUCACUGGUAUUGGAUUAGACAAAGACUUGGUCAAGCAUAUGGAAGCGAAGCUCAAGGUGACACAGCCAACAAUUAUUCAACAAAAGGCUAUUCCAGUUUUGCUCGGGCCCACACGUAAAGUUGGAGACAAUGUGCCAAAGACGGAUACGGAUGUAAUUAUUCAAGCAGAAACCGGAUCGGGAAAGACGCUUACAUACCUUCUACCCAUUAUCAAUCGGUUAAUCGAGUCGGAGGCCUCACCAAUGCUGGAUCUGGAAUCAAAACGGUCUAUAGGGACACUUGCCAUCAUCAUGACACCUACUCGUGAGUUAGCAAAACAAAUUUUGCAAGUUUUGGAGACGCUCCUCAGCAUGCCUGCAUCCUCAAUCACAGGUAAGAAGCGCUCGCAUUGGAUUGUGCCAGGGAUCGUCAUUGGAGGAGACAAGAAGAAGUCAGAGAAGGCUAGGCUGCGUAAGGGUGUUAACAUCCUGGUGGGUACACCCGGGCGACUCUUGGAUCAUUUGCAAAACACAAAAUCUUUCAAUGUGCAAAGUUUGAGGUGGUUAGUGUUAGAUGAGGCGGAUCGAUUGCUUGAACUAGGAUUCGAAGAGUCGAUGACGGCGAUUCUGAAAAUUUUAGAUGCAAGAGUUAAAUUUGCAGCCUCUAUCACUAGUGCUAAUGACACCACGGGGAUUUGGCCCAAGAAACGCCAGACCGUACUAUGCUCUGCCACAUUAUCGGAAGAUGUUCAACGCCUUGCUGGCACUUCACUCAUCGAGCCAAUAUACAUUAGUGCACAGAAGGAUGCUUCCAAUAAGAAAGACAUUCCCGAGGCCGCAUUAGCCACAGCCGAGGAGAAACACACAGAGAAAUUUUCGACUCCAGAGCAACUUAAACAGAAUUAUGUUAUUGUGCAAGCGAAGCUCCGUCUGGUCACUCUUACUGCCUUGCUUAAGAGUGCUUUUGCCAACAAGAUUAAAGGACCCAAAUUACCCAAGACAGUGGUGUUUUUGUCAUCGUGCGACUCUGUUGAUUUCCACUAUGAACUAUUUGCUCAUGCCGGAAAAGAGACCAAGCUGGAGCUUUCACACGAUGAAUAUCUUGGCCAGAGAUUUGAGAAGGAUGAGGAGGAACAAGGUGAUAAUGAUCAUGAAAGAAGCCCAGAAUUUGCUUCUGGUGCCAACAGAAUUGAUUCUAAGGCGAAUAGGGAUGAAAUCCAUAAGGCAAAGCGUGAUGCCGAGAGAGCUAAUGCUAAGAAGACAAGAGCGCAGCUGUCGCUCAAAGGAGCCGUGCUACCAGAUGUACCUUUAUUCCGUUUGCACGGUAAUUUAGCACAGGGGAUGAGAACAGAUACAUAUUUUGAGUUUUGUAAGGCGCCCAGUGGAGUCUUAUUUGCCACCGAUGUUGCAGCUCGUGGACUAGAUCUGCCGGAUGUCAGUCAUAUCAUCCAAUAUGAUCCUCCUUCGGAUCUGAAGGAUUAUGUCCAUCGUGUCGGACGCACUGCUCGUCUCGGACGGGAUGGUGAGGCCAUCUUGUUCCUUUUGCCUAGUGAAGUCAAAUAUCUGGAGUUACUAACGGCUCAAGGACUGCCAAAUCAAGAAGUUUCGGUAACGAGUAUCUUGAUGACGCUGGCGCCUCCAAAGUCGAACGAGUACCAGCAACCUGCUACGGACAUCCAAAACAGCUUUGAGCGGUACAAUCUCCACUCACCAGAGAGCAUGGCCAUCGCCCGUGCAGCCUUUUGGGCAUUUGUCAAAUCAUACGCGACACAUCCAUCUUCUGAAAAACAUAUUUUUCAUAUCAAGAAUCUGCAUCUAGGACAUAUCGCUAAGAGUUUUGCAUUGCGUGAAGCGCCUUCGGAUAUCCCACAACCUAAAAAGAAAAAAGUAGCAGGGGUACGCCCUGGAGGAAAGAAUGUGGAGGAUAUAGAUGAGUCACAUGUUGUGCGCAAGUCUCAGAAAGAGCGCGAGAAAGAGGAACGAUCCAAGCCCAAGAUUGUCCUGAAGCGCAAGAACGAUGUUAGUGAGUUUGCAGUUGGAGACUUCAAGUCUUUAAUUGGACCCGUGACAAAGCGCAAGAAGAACAAGUAA